AUGCUUGAAGUUGAACAUUUACAAAGUUUUGAAAAUUUUCGUCGUCAUGUCUAUUAUGUUAAUCAUCAAAGAAUAAAAUGUUCUUUCCAAGAUUAUCCUAAUAUCGAUAUAACUGAUAUUCGUCUUGUAUCAAUAAAUGAAUCUGUUCAAAAUGAUUUUAUGGAAAGAAUGAAUAAUAAUACUUCUUAUUUUUCAAAAUUAGUUUAUCAUGGUACAAAACUAAAAAAUAUCGAAAGUAUCCUUCGUUAUGGAUUUUUAAUACCAAAUCGAGCACAUCCAACUAAUAACGAACCAUCUAUCAUUGUUUCACAAAAUGGUCGAUCAUUUAGGACUGGAAUUUAUUCAUUAUCAUAUGUUCAUGUUAUGAAUAAUCUUUUAGUAUGUGCAGCAUUACCGAAACGUAACAAAUUUGGGCGAAUUAAACAUUCUCAUGGAAAUAUAUUAGUUUUAUCUCAUGUAUCACAAAUUCUACCAUUAUUUUUAAUUGACUUUAAAUAUCUUAAUAGUUCACAUAUGAAUUAUCCUUGCUUUAAUGAAGAAAAACAAGUCCAAAUAAAUAAGAACAAUGAAAUAAAAAAACCUAUUAUUAUUUCAAGAAAAUAUUUACGAAAAUUAUUAAAUUAUAUGAAUGAUGAAGUACGAAAGAAUAAUCGAUAUCAAGUGCGAUCAUUUGGGUGUGUCUCGGGUAUGGGUGUGAUUGUGGGAUUGGCAUCAGUGUACACAGUUGGAGUACCUACAUCCUCAUCCACAUCUACAUUCUAUUUUCUUUUAUAG